AUGGAUCUAUGUGAAAGCUUGUAUGCUGCGCUGGCCUACAUUGACAUGAACCCUCCCACCCUGAUGGCCAAUGAUUCGGGUUGCAAACAGCUUAAAGGCAACGAGGCCACGGCAAUGUUCAACCUAAUCAAAUGGGCACAUGAAGCUGCACUGCCAUCAACAGAAUUCGCGUCAUUUUUUGAUGACACCCUCGAUGUGACCGCAGGCAGUAAGAAAGCCCGGGAUGAAAGCAUUUUGAAAGCCUCGCUGGCCGCAGACUUUCUUCUCCUGAUGAAGGCGCAUACCGAUUGUACCUUUCCAAACAGUGGUGCAACCACUUCGCCGGAUGCUUUAAUUACCAUCGCUACUUUCAAUUCCGAGCAAGAUCCAUGGACCACUCCUAAUACUAGAAAAACACUCGACAUGUAUUAUGGUAACCCAUGGCCUGAUCUUUGGAAUACCAUUGAACGCGUUCUCAAGGAAAAACUUCGCCCUCUUUUCACGAAACAGAGGAAUCCUAACAUCACGAACGAGGGCCGUAAGGAUUUCCAUCCUGUGCCUUUGCCACGCUUCGACGGAAGUGCACUCGAUGAUUCGGCAAAGCCCUGGAAGAACACGGACAUCUAUGCCACAAGUGUUCUUUCCUGGAUUGUGUCUCAGUACAAGCCUGCCGAUAAGAAAUACCUGGAAGCACACUUCCCACUCCUAGUCCCUGCUAUACUGUCUUUGAUCGACGAUAGCUCCAUUGCCUUCAAGGUCAAGGGCUGUCAGCUUCUCGGUCACCUAAUCGACACGAUUAAAAAAUGCGACUCAGAUAUCCUCCUCCGAACAAACCUUAUCCCUGUUUUCGAAGAAGCCAUCAAGCCAUGUCUCCUUUUCCUACCUACCAUCACCCCGGAAGACAAAUCCAUCAAAAUGCUGGGCGCCGCUUACCCGGUACUGAUUGCACUUUUCCGGGCAGAACAGAACGAAGACAAUUACAAAAGGAAUCUCGUCAAAAUACUUCGAUCAAACCUAGUCACCUCGUUCAAUCAUAUCAGCUCCUCGGCGCCAGCUUCAGAGUCCUCACCCUCCUUCCCACAUCCGAAGCUUUCCACAUUCCUAAUGGAUGAAAUUUCUAUUGUCAUUAACGAACUGGGCAUCGAGACUAUCAAGUACCUUCAAGAUAUUGUUCCACUGCUAAGCGUGACCCUCUGGAACCCGUUCGGAUCAGGUUAUCCUCCACUUCUCUCUGCCGCCGUAUCCACAACGAAGGAUGUCAUUCUGAAUGCCCACCCUCGUGUUUGGAAAUGGCAUGGCGAGAUUCUGGCCGGACUGUGUUCGUGCUGGCUCCAUAUUUCUGAGGAGAACAAAGCAGGUGGAGCAGGACAGGACAGUACUCUCGCAAAACAACUUUCCCAGUUGUCACGGGAGCUGCAGGGUGCUGUUUCGAUGUUGAAGCAUGCUUUGCAGAACCCUAAAUCUCCUAGUGCGGAUCAAAUCCUUCUUAAAGAACGGCUGGACGGGGAGUUACAGAAGCUCGUCGACGCUGAUUCCGAGCUGGCAGAGCUUUUGUUUGUGGACUCGAAGUCGUAG